GUUUUGAUUUGGAUCAAGCCCGACCAAGGUGCUCGUCAACCCGAGCGUGCUUCCACGGUCCAGCACUUUGGAUUUUCAUUCCCCGCCUCAGCCCUAGCUCCGUGCGUGCAGCGCAAACAUGGCUUCGUCACAGGAGAACGAGAUGAUUGCUUCUGCAUCUCCCUCCUCCUCCCCAAGGAAGCUCAGCGACAGUAAGGCCGGCGUACCCCUUCGCAAGUUCGAGAUCGAGAAGGCUGCACACGCACUUCGAGCUCGCCUUCUCAUGGCCGCAAGCAUCAAUGCGAGGAAACAGGAGGGGCGGGCGGAUGCCUCAUCGUCAUCAUCAUCAUCAUCAUUGUCCUCAUCGUCAUCGUCGUCGUCAUCAUCAGUGAUGUCGUCCAUGUCAAUGUCAUCGACAUUGUCGUCGUCAUCGACUGCGUCCUCGUCUUCGUCAUCUUCCUCAGCGACGCCACCAUCCAUGGGCGCCACAAGUCUAGAGGGCCGGACACCAUCGUCUAACACGCCUGCACCCGUCGCCAUCUUUGGCCUUGGACUUGGCGUUGAUGCGCUCAUGACCAGUGGCAAUGUCGCCGACGCCACCAUCGUCUCGUCGUCGCCAAGACCUGCGCUCGCUGAGGCCUUGUCGAAUCGAACUAACACGGCUGUCGCCGGCAGGUGUGCCCCGAAGACACCCUCUUUGGAGCAGCAAAUCGCCAUGUCUCCCCCACCGCCACCUCGACCCCAACCAUCGCCAAGAGCAACAGUGCCGUCAUCGGUCAGCGCGCAGGGUCCAGCUGCAAUGUCCUCAAAGACGAAAGAGCCCAAUCUGUACGACAGCAUCUUUGGUCCCGGCAGUGGACUCGAUCUGGCUCAAGCGCGCAAGGCAGCGUCAAAUGCCUCGCGAGCCACUGCCUCGACGUCGACAGCAUCGACGACGAACCACAUGCCGAGCACGCCAACGAGAGGCAACAGCAAGCCACGCUCGCCUCAUGUCCACACUGGAAGCUCCGCUCGGCUGCACGCUAUGGCCUCGAUGCCUCAGCUUGGCUCUCCGGGUCGGUCGGGCAAGGACUCUAGGGACCCGCACAAUGAUCCUGUGCCCAGUCAUCAACAGCGGGCGUGGGAGCACCACUCCGUCUCCUUCGCCGCGCCCAUUGGCUCGCCCUCGCGGAAAAAGAUGCAGGAGUCGACGCACGUCCGAGGUAGCAGUGGCACGGGCUUCUGGCCAUCCAGCCCAGCCCGCAGCAGGCAGAGGAGCGCCGGUGGCUCGCUGCUCCCCAACGGUCAUCCGGCCUCGUCGUUGGCCCAGGACCUCGGCAUUGCUCGUCCUGCCGAGGAACUCUCUCGCCCAACGACGCCCUCUUCCGGUGCCACAAGGCCAUUGACCCCUUCUUGGAGGUCGACGCGGCGCAACAAUGAUAGCCACUUUCGCUUCGAGAACAGCAGCAGCGAGGCGGCAGCGCAUUCGCUCUUGGACCUGGCCGCAUCGCCCUCGCCCUCGCCCAGUGGUCCUGCCAGCUGCGCCAGGUUCGCUGGCCACACGCCCAGUCUGCAGGGCUUUGCCAAGAAGCCGAGCAGGGCAACGGUCCAGUACAAGCUUUUCGACGAUAUCGAUGACAAAGUUGGCGACGCGAGCAUGGACACCGAGACUGGCGACCACUAUGGCGCAGAAAACAGCCUGCCAAAUUCGCAGUCUUCCGUCUCCUCAGAUGCCUCCGAGGUCAGCGCGCUCAGCGCUCUGCAACCGGCACCGGCGCUGACUUCAGAUUAUCGGUCCUACGACAUCAAGCGCGAAGAACAGGAUGAUGAAGGAGUGCGCACGCCUCUCCUCCUCAAAUCACCUCCCAUGACGCCGCCUAGGACCGAGAGCAAGCAAAGGGUGGUGACGGAUGCGUCUCCCCUUCUCGCUCCAUCGACGCCGUCGUCGUCGAAGCGAGCAAGGAAUCUUGUCCUCGUCGACGAGCUCCCGGAGCCAGCUUUUCCCCGCACUCGCAUGCAAUCGCGAGAUCAACACCUCUCCACAGCAGCCGAUGAGCGUCCCACCACGCCACCGAAACAGACGCCGUCGUCGACACCCUCCACGCCCAAAGCGCCCGGGUCCAACUUCCGCUACGGUGACUUUCUCCAUGUCUCGCCCAGCCCGCAGCCGAGGUCGAGGACAUCGUCUGCCAUGGGAGGCGCAUCGGCGAGGCAGCUCGGCCUGGCUGGUGUGCAAGACACGCCAACGAGAGGCUCCAAGGCCGUCGCCAAAUUUCUCGACUUUGGUCAUAGUAGCCACGACGAAGAUGACGAAGCUGGCGAUGACCUCUUCGUCCUCGCGGCCAAGAAGCGCAGCGGAAGCCCGUCGUUGCACACAGGUGUCAAACGAUCUCGUCAGGUUUCUUCGUCUAUGAUUUAGGAUUGCCUGCCCACAGUUUGUUCCUCCUUCCUGUAUGAUAUGGAUCCGGCCCCCUGCUCCUUGUUGUUGUUGUCUACUUUUCUUCUUUGUAUCUGUCUCUUGGAUGCUUCUUUCCGUGCUAGCUGCUCUCCUUGCCUCAACUGUAUCUGGAUCUGCUCGGAAUUCCACAAGUGCUUUUUGUGCCGUG